AUGAUGAAACCUAUGGAUUUGAAAAAGUUGAGACCGAGUUGUUUAGCAUACCUUACAAGGAUGCAGGGUCGUUCAGAACAAAUGUUUGACUGCUCUUUGUAUAGCAAUUUUGAGUCUGAAAGCUCAGAUGCCGGUUAUGGGUGCCCAGAAGAAGUUAUGCAACUUGAGCAUUCGUAUAAUGACACUUAUAGCUUAACUUGUAAUACAAAACUCAGUAUCGAUGAAGUUGAAAUGAGUGACUAUACUUUAAUAAAUUCUACCCUAGACUCUAGCGACAUCUCUCUAUUAGAUGGAAACAUUUCUUUAAAUCAAUCGAUUAAUAGAAACAAACGAAAGAUGACACACUUAGAGGGCACCCCCACAAAAAGAAGGAAAGUAACAGCUCUUUCGAUUAAAUUUACAAACUUUAUAUCGUCUGAUUCGGAUCCUCUAGAAGGGCAAGAGGUUGAACUCGUUGUUCAGAAAACACCCCAACUAAUGUCCGAACCACAUCAUUAUUUUCAGCAAUUUUUAGCAGAACCUUGUUGCACUUUGCCAAGUCCACAUAAACUUCAAGAUACUCCCCAGUUACGCACGAGACAGAUAAACACACACUUGUGUAGGCUGGAUUUUGAUCCACUCUUUUCGGAUGAGUAG